AUGAAGGUAUCAUCUAUUGCUAUUGUAGCUGCUUUAAUGCUGCUAACUAAUGCAGCUGUUGUCCCAGAGGAUCUUUUACCACUAGAAACUCCUGCCCCAACUCCAACAUCCUCAGUUUCCGAACCAAUUCGUUUAUUUAAACGUGUUAGAGAUGUUAUUAUCAACAAAGAUUAUGCUAAAAAUCAAGCAGCAAAAACUCAAUCCUCUACAACUGAGACUCCACCACCAAAGUGGAUUAGAACCUAUGAUGGUAAAACAGAAAUUGUCACCCCAACUGUCAUCCAAGGUGUCACAUUUAGUGCUCAACCUCCAACAACCACAAAUGGGUUAGAAUGGUGGGUCAGUUUGAAAGACGAUGGUAGUCCAAAAACAAUUAAACCACAAAAUAAAAAUGGUCAAAUCAAGAAUGGUCGUCCAGACUAUAGUACCUGGUUCCAAACUGCAACUACCAUUACUUAUAAUAAAGAACAAUUGAAAGCUCAUAACAUGGCUGAUGAUGAAAUUUUUGAAGAAGUUAAAUAUAUUCAAGAAGCAGAUUUAGAAACUCAUUUGUUAAGUCCUUUGAUUAGAUGUACUCCAGAUAGAUAUAAAAAGAAAGGUAUCGGUAGAGAUAAAUCUACUGCUCCUUUCUGUACUCCUAAAGAUAAUUCAAGAUUAACUAUGGGUAAAGUUUACUUUAUUACUUGGUAUUCAAGAUUUUUUGAUGAAGAUGUUAAGAAUGUUAGAAUUCAUUUGAAUUAUAUUUCAGAAAAAUGGACCCAAAAAGGAUUGAAGAAAAGAGAUGAUAAUUCUACUGAAGAAUUUGUUGAAGAUGAUGAUACCACUGAAGAUAUAGUGGAAGCAUCGGAAAUUAAAAGAAGAUCUUCUGUACUUGAACAAGGUGGUAAAAUCUCUUCAAAUUUCUUUAAAUCUGACCCUAUUGACGUUGAUGUAGGUUGGUUUGCAUUGGAUAUUUCUCCAGAUUGGUUUGAUAAAGAAUAUUGGAGAAAAGUUCUUGUUACUGUCGUUCCAGAAGGAUAUGAAGAUAGAGAAGAUUAUGAUGUUUUCCAAAAUUCUAUUGUUAUUGAAAUUUGGAAAGGUGUCAAAGUUGGUAAGGGCCACUUGGAAGAUUUGAAGAGAUUGGAAGAAAAGUACGCUAAUAGACAUAUUUAUGACAUUGAAGUUGAAGAAGGUAUCAAUUUUGAUGAGUACAUGAUGAUGAUUGCUUUACCUACUUGUGUUGUCCUUGCUGCCUUGGGUAUGUGGUUAUUUGUUAGAAUCAACAAGAUUGACUUGAGUAAAGUCAAGAAGAGAAAAUUUGCCCGUGACAAGACAAGUCAUAGAAGAAUUCCAUUCAUCAGUAAGAAAAAUAAAGAUAAUGCUUAUACUGAAUUGCCACAGUUCAGCACUGAACUUGACAAUGUUAAGAAUGAUUGA